CCAUGUUCGAAUUUUCAUCCUCCUCCAUUAUCUUGUACCUCUCUAGAAGAUGCUUCUCUCGGUUCAGAAGACAUCGAAGCUUGGAAGUCUUUGGGGUCCCCCAGUGUACCCACCUAUGCGACGAACUCGAGUCUUCAACAGAGUCUCCAAUACCGUCACAGAGGGUAUCUUGCUGGAAGAAAGGGUCAAGCACAAUCAUUUUUCUAGCGAGGAUUAUGCAAACGUCCGACUUGAACGGAGUGCACAUACGAUAACUCCACAGAUUGUUUUUGGAGCUCGCCACCAGACCGCUAUCGUAUCUAGUUCAUGAGCUUGGCAGCAUAAUCUGCUCUAAGGUGAGUGAGAUGCCCCGAUCAAUAUCUCGUCUGUGUCCUGGCCAGUCCGAUACGAGUUAUGUCGCAGUGUCGUCACGCGUUCCCACAAUUGCGCUAUCUCAUUGAAGACCCCAUCAACCUUUUCGCUUCUGAUCCCUCCAUGAACACUCCAUAACAGCUGUCAAGAAUGUUUCAUCCGGUCUGCCAGGGCAACACUAGACAACACUUCGAAUCGCUAUUUCCUCGAUGUUUCCGACUUAUCUCGUCCCACAAUAUACUAACCAGAUACUGAACGCAAUCUUGUAGGGGCUGUCGUUCACCCGGAUGCUAGUUCAAAAGCGCUGGUAACAUAUCUGCACUCUCCGUCGAAGGACGAUACCGAGCUGUGAGCUGGUUGACUUGUAUGGCAUUGAUGGACCGCGCACAAUCCCCUUAUCUCCUCGUAAGUAUGGCCAAUAGCAGCCGGACCCGGCUCCGCUUUUGGAGCAGGCACGUAUAUAUAUUGCGUGCACAUCUAUCAAUGUAAUCGCGUACCCAGGCUUCUUUCUGUCCCUGCUGUACCUUGUGCUUCCUGGCCGAGUCGACAAGAUGACCGGCACACGAGCUUUCGAAGGCGACUCGAAAGACCCUUCACUUGACGAGAAGCAUUCCCUCGAUAUCAAUGUAGCCUCCGCAGAUCGGUCUCACCUCGAAUUUCGCAAAGACCAAGUCGAUACUGGAGCUCAGCUUGUUGCGGGUGGUGUGGUCGAGUUAGACCAUGCAGAAGCGGAGAGGAUACGCAGGAAGAUUGAUUGGCACAUCCUACCACUGAUGUGCAUACUUUACUGGGUACAGUUCAUGGAUAAGACGACGUUGGGAAGCUCAGCUAUCUUGGGUAUUCGGGAAUCCGCGCAUCUCACGACAAAUCAGUAUAACUGGCUAGGAACUAUCUUCUACCUGAGCUACCUCGUCUUCGAGUACCCGCAGAACCUAGCUCUUCAGCGGUUCCCAGUCGGGAGAUGGAUGAGUAUCAACAUAUUCGUCUGGGCAGUCGCGUUAUGUUCACACGCAGCUUGUAAAAGCUUUGGUGGGCUUUUCGCCGUCCGUCUUAUACUCGGAAUGUGCGAAGGUAGUAUUACGGCUGGGUUCAUGAUCGUGAGCGCCAUGUUCUACACGCGAAAGGAACAGACGCUUAGGGUCGGGUACUGGUUCCUGAUGAAUGGCACAGCACAAAUCAUCUCGGGGUUCAUCAGCUUUGGAACUCUACACAUCAAGACAGAGGGUUUCGAGUCUUGGCAAUGGUUGAUGAUCAUCACUGGAACAAUAACGUUGGCCACUGCGCUUGCCUAUUGGUUCUUGUUCCCCGAUUCGCCUACGAACGCAUGGUUCUUGACCCAUGACGAGCGUGUCAAGGCCGUAGCACGCAUCAAGGAUAAUCAAACGGGUGUGGAGAACAAGCACUUCAAGAUGGAGCAGUUCUAUGAAACCCUCGCAGAUCCAAAGACCUGGCUCUUCGCACUCUUUUCUGCUCUGGACAAUGUUCCCAACUCACUUACCAACCAACGUCAAAUCAUCGUCUCUUCAUUCGGCUUCACGCCUCUUCAAACUACCCUGCUUGGUUGUGUCGAUGGUGUUAUCGAGAUUGUGACCAUCUUCACUGGGGUUCAACUUGCAUCUCGGUUGAAGAACUCGAUCGCCUAUGUUGGCGUUAUCUAUUUCAUACCGAACAUUCUCGGUGUUUUCUUGGUGAACUUCCUUCCCUGGGAGAACAAGAUUGGAUUGCUUUUCAGUGUAUGGUUGACGGGUGUGGGCACGACUGGUUUUGUCCUCUCUCUAUCUUGGCUCUCAAACGUCACUGCUGGCCACACAAAGCGAGUGACCGUGAACGCGAUCAUGCUCAUCGCCUACUGCAUCGGUAAUUCUGCAGGACCGUUUAUGUGGCAAGCUCAGUACAAGCCUCGAAACCACAUCCCUUGGAUCAUCAUCGGCAUCUGCUACGUGAUCUGCCCUGUCAUCCUGCUAGUCAUCCGUUUCCUUUUGAGAAGGGAGAACAAGCGUCGCGAUAGCGAGCCUGCUGAUGACACCUACGAUGAUGUAUAUAUUGAAGUAGUAGACGCCGAUGGGAAGACGGUGCAGAAGAAAAUUGACAAGGAAUACCUCGACUUGACGGAUAUACAAAAUCGGGACUUCCGAUAUGUGUUGUGAUUAACGUCUUUUUGCGAAUUAUGCUCUCGUUACGAAUUGGAUGACUUUCAUGUAUCAAUAGUGGUUUUUGAAUUUCAAAGAAGACCAUCCUUCGAUUCUUGAAUCUAGACGAGACGUACAGCUUCACUGUGUUCGAUGAUAACCGAGAUGGAAAACAGUUCAAUGUUGGUAUAUCCGGAGACUUGGUACUACUAUACAUUGCAAGUGUCGUGAAUAGUACAACCGAGACAUGAUGCAUGCCUGGUAAAACGCCCGUGCAAAUGCACAUGAAAUGAUUCUGCCAAGAAAAAUGUUAAAAAAUGCGACCGCAACAACACAUGGUUCCCCAUCAAAAGCUUCCGGACGAGUUGAGGAUAUUCAGAACGUCAACAUCCUCAUCGUACUCGUCAUCUCAUCAACCGCAUUCCUCAAUCGCUUCUUGAACCUCUUCACUCCGCAACACCCACUCUCUACAUGCUGCAUUAAACCACUCAACGUCUUGAACUCUGCCCUGCAUCCCUCCCAAUCCGGGGGGCAUUUGUAGAUGUCCUGCUCAUGAGCAGGGCCCUUUAGGUGCAUGUUUAGACCACUAAGCUUUUUGAACUCCUUAUGGCAUAAAAAGCAUUCAAAGCCAUCGCCGUUCCACGAUCGAUCUGUCGCCCAGGUUUUAGUGACUGAAGAUGAAG